ACGCGCGGGAUGGUUCGACGUCGUGCGGCGUGGACACGAAGCUGCCGUUCGCCUCGGCGGAGCAGCAGGACCUUCCCGGCCGCCGCCGUGCUCGGCGUGCGACGUGGCUUCCGGGUGAGUGGGCUUCCUGCGUGACACGUUCCCACGCGGGCUCCACUCUUUUUGAACCCGCCGAGAACCGGAACGGGAGGAAGGAAGGAAGCGAUUUGUGGGCAAAAACAAGCCGCAGCCCGUCAGCGUGUUCCUGCCGACUCAGCCAAAUCCGCGACUGGACGGAAGCGAUCAGGCGAGCGGCUCGCGAUCACCAAUUAGCGGAGCACGGAUGCCGGUGAAGCGCCCCCCACCCCCACCCCACAACAAACGGUCUUUAUUUGGGCAAUGCUGUGUCAACUAACAUUCUGCUCUGAGCAAGUUUACUCAUUGCGUGGUUAACGGUCGGGCUGUCACGCCACAAGGUUCUUUUCCAAGACUCGUUCGUUCCCUUUUGACAUUUGGAGACUUGCUCACUUUGUAUUGGGAGCUUCUCUUGCUCUUGCUGCGCUUUUUCCUGGUUUGAGGAGGCCUCCUCCCGCCAUUGGCUCCGGUGCGUCCCACCUCAGCCAAUCACAGCAACGGGGCCGGUCGAAGUCGGGCGCAUGGGCCUGCGUGACCUGACGUCGGGCGUCACGCGCAACGGGCGCCGGAUGUCCGAGCAGUGGGGCGCCUUGUCCAUCGUCACGCUCAUCGCCGUCACCGCCGUGGCCGUGGCGCUGGGCGUUCGCUUCGAGGAGUGCGGGGGAGCCGAGGAGGAGGACGAGGAGGCGGCGUCGCCCAAGCACCGCGGCGCCGACGGCGGCCGGGGGGAACGCGUGGCGCCGACGGAGGAGGAGGCGGCCCAGCCGUGGACGAAGAGCCGGCUGCCGGCCUCCGUGCGGCCGCGCCACUACGACCUCCACCUGGCCGUCCACAUGGACAACUUCACCUUCUCGGGUGACGUCAGCAUCGACAUCGAGUGCGUCAACGCCACCAGGUUGAUUCUGCUACACGCCGACAGACUUGAGGUGUCGAGCGCGUCGGUGACGGCCAACAGGCCGGGGGGAGGCGCCGUCCGCGUCCACCGCCGCUUCCUCUUCCCGGCCACUCAGAUGCUGGUGUUGGUGCUGCAUCGAGAGCUGAAGGCUUCCAGGACGUACCGCCUCAACCUCACCUUCGACGCCGCCAUCGAGGACGAGCUGCUCGGAUUCUUCAGGAGCUCCUACACCCUGCGCGGCGAAAGGCGCUACCUGGCGGUGACGCAGUUCAGCCCGACGCACGCCCGCAAAGCCUUCCCGUGCUUCGACGAGCCGGCGUUCAAGGCCAGCUUCUCGCUCAGCCUGCGGCACCACGCUCAGUACACGUCGCUGGCCAACAUGCCGGCGCUGGAGGACGACGGCGGCGGCGGCGAGGACGACGGCUGGACGACGCGCCGCUUCGCCCGCACGCCGCGCAUGUCCACGUACUACCUGGCCUGGGCCGUCUGCAACUUCACAUCCAGAGAGACGCGCGCCGACGGCGGAGUGGCGAUCCGUUUGUUCGCCCGGCCGGACGCCAUCGCCAGCGGCGCCGGCGACUACGCGCUUCACAUCGCCGGGCGCCUCCUGGCCUUCUACCAGGACUUCUUCAAAGUGCCGUACUCGCUGCCCAAGCUCGACCUGCUGGCGGUGCCCAAGCACCCGUACGCCGCCAUGGAGAACUGGGGCCUCAGCGUCUUCGUGGAGCAGAAGAUCCUGCUGGACGCCCGGGUGUCGUCGUCGUCCUACCGGAUGGAGCUGACCAUGGUGGUCGUCCACGAGAUCUGCCACCAGUGGUUCGGCGACCUGGUGACGCCGCUGUGGUGGGAGGACGUGUGGCUGAAGGAAGGCUUCGCUCACUACUUCGAGUACGUCGGCACCGACUUCCUCUUCCCCAAAUGGAACAUGGAGAAGCAGCGCUUCCUGACGGACGUCCUGCACGAGGUGAUGUCGCUGGACGGCCUGAGUUCCUCCCACCCCAUCUCGCAGGAAGUGCGCGACGCCGCCGACAUCGACCGCGUCUUCGACUGGAUCGCGUACAAAAAAGGGGCGGCGCUGAUCCGGAUGCUGGCCAACGUGAUGGGACCGAGACUCUUCCGCAAAGGACUUCACGAUUAUCUGCUGAGCCACAUGUACGGCAACGCGGCCCGCGACGACCUGUGGAGGAAGCUGUCCGAGGGUGCGCGUGUCAUUAGUUUGCAGUGGCAGGUGCCGUUGACGGUCGCCACGGGAAACCUGUCCCGGCUGUGUUCAGAGACUCUCAUCUGGAUCCGCAAUCGGACAGAAAGCCACAGGCUGCGCGAGAUGGACGAGCAGACGUGGCUGCUCGCCAACAUCAACCAGACGGGCUACUUCCGCGUCAACUACGACCUCCGGAACUGGAAGCUGCUGAUCCGCCAGCUGCGCAGCAACCCCCAGGUCAUCUCGGUGGGCAACCGCGCGGGACUCAUCGACGACGCUUUCAACCUGGCCAGGGCGGGUUACCUGCCGCAGGGCGUGCCGCUGGAGUUGAUGGGCUACCUGCCCGAGGAGGCGUCCUUCCUGCCGUGGCACGCCGCCAGCCGGGCGCUCUACCAGCUGGACAAGCUGCUGGACCGCACCGACGACUACCACCUCUUCAGCGACUACGUGCUCAAGCAAGUGGCGGCGCGCUACCAUCAGAUGGGCAUACCCGGCAACACGGCCGACGACGAGGACGCCGUCCUGCAAGUGUCCCACCAGACUGAGGAGUUGCAGAGGGAGCUCAUCAUGUUAGCGUGUAGCUUUGGAAACAAACAGUGCCACCGCCAAGCUGUCGCGUACAUCUCAGACUGGAUCUCCAGCAACAAGAACGGGAUCCCCCCCAACAUCCGCGACGUGGUCUACUGCACGGGCGUCAGUCUGAUGGACGAAGACGUGUGGGAGUUCAUCUGGAUGAAGUUCCACUCGUCAAACGCCGUCUCGGAGAAGAAGAUUCUGUUGGAGGCGCUGACGUGCUCCGACGACGCCUUCCUGCUCAACAGGUUGCUGAACCUGUCGCUGACGUCGGAGCUGGUGGCCGAGCAGGACGCCAUCGACGUGAUCGUCCGCGUGGGGCGCAACCCUCGGGGCCGCAACCCGGCGUGGCGCUUCUUCCGCGACAAGUGGGACGUCCUCAACGCGCGCUACGGCGAGGCGCUCUUCAUGAACUCCAAGCUGAUCGGCGGCGUCACCGAGUUCCUCGACACGGAGAAGGAGCUCGAAGAGCUGAAGGAGUUUGUCCGGUCCUGCGGCCCGGGGGCGGGGCCCGCGUUGCCGCGGGCGCUGGAGAUCGUGGAGGGCAACGUGCGCUGGCACCGCCUCCGCCGCCGACACUUGUACCAAUGGCUGCGCAAAAUCCACAAGGCCAACCCCCAUGCCAACCCCCCCCACACCCCUCCCGGGCCUUGCGUGGGCUCACUUUUAUGUUUGGAGGACAAACGAAGGAAGAAGGUUCUGACUGAACUGGACUGA